AUAAAAUUUACAGUGAAGUAUUUCUAUAUCUGAAAAUUUAUACUACUCAAAAGUUCACUACUAGAGACAAAAUCACAAAAUCCCUAAACGCAAUUGCGAAGCAGACAAGGAGGGAGAGAAGACUAGCAACUCAGGGUUUGCUUUUCACGGCUUGAAUCGCCACUGAGGUAACACUAUUUUCCAACUCUAUCAUUUUUAUCCUCAAAUCCAUACUCUCCCAGCAAGAGUCGAUCUUUUGUUUUGUUUUCUGCAUCCUAUAUUGUUCGAAUCGGAUCUGGUGAAACCCAAUUGAAAAAAAGAUUCGAUCCGUAGCUCGAUGUACCCUGUUGGAAGUGUAUCCAUCAAUCAGAAUUGCACAUUCCUAACUUCUAUGGGGAAUUUUACAAUAUAAAUGCACGCCAAACUAGACAAGAAUUUAAGUUUAGGGUUGAGAAUUUUCGAAUUUUGCGUUGAUUGAAGUCAAUUUGGGUUUGGAAAGUGGGAACAUCCAGUGUGGUCAGGUGAAUGCAGCUCAAUUAAAAUCGGGUUAUCUGGGGUUUAAUUGGACCACGUUCGUUGGCUUCAGCUAGGUGGGAUAUCUCGGAUUUGAUGCAAUGGUUGAAAUAGCGGAAUCUUCAGAAUCUGGGUCUGGGUUAUUGAAUUCAACAGUGGUAAAAAUUGGAUCUUUGCCUGAAGAUGAUAGUUUUCACAGGCAAGUUAGUAGCUUUGGAAGUAGUGGCUCCAGGAAUACAAGCCCAUUAGGGCGUAUAGGUUCAAGAAACACGAGUCCUUCAAGGCAGAAAGUGGUUAAGACGAAACCAAGGGGAUUGGAUGAAGAGACUGUUACCACAUUUGCGAAAGCUGUUCAACCGGAUGUUCAGAUGGAAGAUAGUAUCUGGGCGAUGCUUCCGGAGGAUUUGCUGAAUGAAAUAUUAGCCAGAGUUCCACCAUUCAUGAUAUUUCGACUCCGAUCUGUUUGUAAAAGGUGGAAUUCGAUUUUGCAAGAUCAUAGCUUUUUGAAGUUUCACUCGCAAGUGCCCUCCCAUGGACCUUGCCUUCUCACAUUUUGGAAGAACUCACAGACCCCUCAGUGUUCGGUAUUCAGUUUGCCACUGAAGCAGUGGUUUAGAAUACCAUUCACCUUCUUACCACAGUGGGCGUUUUGGCUAGUUGGUUCUUCGGGCGGUCUCGUUUGCUUCUCAGGGUUAGAUGGGUUGACGUUCAAAACUUUAGUUUGUAAUCCCCUUACACAGACUUGGAGGACAUUGCCUAGCAUGCAUUAUAAUCAGCAGAGGCAGUUGAUUAUGGUUGUUGAUAGAAAGGAUAGGUCAUUUAAAGUUAUUGCCACUAGUGAUAUUUAUGGUGACAAGUCUUUGCCAACAGAGGUAUAUAAUUCAAAGAUCGACAAAUGGUCGCUUCACCAGACAAUGCCUGCUGUAAAUCUUUGCUCCUCCAAGAUGGCAUUUUGUGAUUCAAGGCUAUAUUUGGAAACUCUCUCCCCACUUGGUUUGAUGAUGUAUCGACUGGAUACAGGGCAGUGGGAACACAUCCCUGCUAAGUUUCCGCGCUCAUUGUUGGAUGGGUACCUAGUUGCUGGCACUCACAAACGUCUAUUUCUGGUUGGAAGGAUAGGCCUUUAUAGUACUCUUCAAAGUAUGAGGAUAUGGGAACUAGAUCACACAAAAGUCGUCUGGGUUGAGAUAAGCAGGAUGCCUCCCAGGUACUUUCGUGCACUUUUAAGACUAUCUGCAGAAAGAUUUGAAUGCUUUGGACAGGAUAACCUAAUAUGCUUCACAUCCUGGAACCAAGGCAAAGGCCUUCUUUACGAUGUCGAUAAGAAGGUCUGGUCUUGGAUUGCUGGGUGUGCUCUUCAAUCAUAUAACAGUCAAGUCUGCUUCUAUGAGCCAAGAUUUGAUGCUUCAAUAUACUAAAGUAGUGCUUAACUUAAAUAUUCAACAUACUUCUUACGGGGGACAUGAACUAUCUGGAUGAUUUAGCAAUCUUGUUUCCUUCAAUUUCCUUCUGCCUGCUGUUCACCAUUGAACUCUCCUUAAGCUAGAUUCUCAAGCUUAUAUUUUACCCACCUUAAUCUAUCUGGUUAUUAGUUUUGAACUCGUGUGCAAAUUACGCUAGUUAACUGAAGUGAGUAAUUGGAUGAGGUUUCCUUCUGAACAUUAAUGGCCUCAGUAGUGUUCAAGGAGGAGGACCCUUGCUUGGACAAGGGAUCAUGAUGGCCUGAGUGUUGGGCGCCUUCUUGAGAUAACCAUGAGGAUGCACAAUAUGGAGUACAGAUGUAAGAUAAAUUUUUGUUCCAGCUUAUGUACAUUGAUUUUCUCCUUGUAAUUAAUUAGCACAUACAUGUUGCUUUUCUCAACUGAAGUAACAAAAGAGUGUCUCUUCAUCUUA